UGCGCAGUGAAGCCCGCGCAGGGCGCCCCAGCUGUCUGCACCCUAAAUUCAGACCCUCCAGCAUCUUCUUGGUCAGGCGAAGCCCACGACGUUGACAUGCCGGAGAUCCGCCUCCGCCAUGUGGUAUCCUGCAGUAGCCAGGACUCGACCUACCGUGCAGAAAACCUUCUCAAGGCAGACACUUAUCGGAAAUGGCGGGCAGCCAAGGCGGGCGAGAAGACCAUCUCUGUGGUGCUGCAGUUAGAGAAGGAGGAGCAGAUACACAGCGUGGACAUUGGGAAUGACGGCUCAGCCUUCGUGGAGGUGCUGGCGGGCAGCUCAGCUGGAGGCGCCGGGGAGCAGGACUACGAGGUCCUUCUGGUCACCUCGUCUUUCAUGUCCCCUUCCGAGAGUCGCAGUGGCUCAAAUUCCAACCGCGUUCGCAUUUUUGGGCCCGACAAGUUGGUCCGGGCAGCAGCAGAGAAGCGCUGGGACCGUGUCAAAAUUGUCUGCAGCCAGCCCUACAGCAAGGAUGCCCCCUAUGGCCUGAGUUUUGUAAGGUUUCACAGCCCCCCAGACAAAGAGGAGGCCGAGGCCUCAUCCCAGAAAGUGACCAAGCUCGGCCAGUUCCGCGUGAAGGAGGAGGAUGAGAGCGCCAGCUCCCUGAGACCCGGGGCUCUCUUCUUCAGCCGGAUCAACAAGACGCCCCCAGUCGCAGCCAGUGACCCAGCAGGACCCAGCUAUGCAGCUGCUACGCUGCAGGCCUCCAGUGCCGCCUCCUCGGUCUCUCCGGCCUCCAAGACAGUAGGGAGCACCUCCAAGGAGUCCCCCAGAGGCAAGAGGAAGCUGGAUUUGAGCCACGAAGAAAAGAAGACCCCCAGCAAACCGUCCGCCCAGCCCUCACCACCCGCCCUCAAGAGACCCAAAUUGCCAGCUCCCACCCCUGCCCCAGCCCCUGCCCCUGUCCCUGCCGCAGCACGGGGGGCGGCGCCAGGGAAGCCCCGAGGAGAAGGCGCUGAGCCCAGGGCCCCCCGCGCCGGCCCGCAGGAGCUGGGGAAGAUCCUCCAGGGUGUGGUGGUGGUGCUGAGCGGCUUCCAGAACCCCUUCCGCUCGGAGCUCCGGGACAAGGCCCUGGAGCUGGGGGCCAAGUAUCGGCCAGACUGGACUCCAGACAGCACCCACCUCAUCUGCGCCUUUGCCAACACCCCCAAGUACAGCCAGGUCCUAGGCCUCGGAGGCCGAAUCGUGCGGAAAGAGUGGGUGCUGGACUGUCACCGCAUGCGGCGGCGGCUACCCUCUCGGAGGUACCUCAUGGCUGGGCCAGACUCGAGCAGUGAGGACGAGGGGGGCUCUCACGGCGGCAGCAGUGGGGAUGAAGCCCCCAAGCCUCCCCGAAAGCGCCCCCAGACCAAAGCCAAGCCCUCUCAGGCAGCAGGACCUAGCUCACCCCAGAGACCCCCAACCCCAGAAGAGACCAAACCACCCUCACCAGGGCCCCAGGAAGAUACUGACACCAAGGGGGAGCAGUCAGAAGGACAGGACAAUGGGGCAGAAGAUUCUGGGGACACCGAGGAUGAGCUGAGAAGGGUGGCUGAGCGGAAGGAACAAAGGCCGCCCUCUGGCGAGGAGAACGGCAAGGACCCGUACGCAGGAUCCACGGAUGAGAACACGGACAGUGAAGGUCCUCCGGAGUCUCCCAAUCUGCCGAUUCCCGAGCUCCCAGGUGGGAAAUCCUCCCUCCUGAUGUGGGAUUUGGCCCUGUUACUUCUCUGCCAUGACUUGCCCCAGCCCGUCCUGGGAUGGCUGCUGCCCCCUGUGACUUGUCUUCCAGGCUCCUCACCCCCAGUCCCUAGCCUUUGCCACCUCCUUGUCCUCUUAGGCCUGUUCCCUUCCUUUCAGCAUCCUCUCCUGACUUCCCUCUCUGUCCCUGUCCUGACUUCUGCUGUGACCGCCUCCAUCACAGCCCAGCCCCAGGCGAGACCCCCUUUGGCUUUCCACUCCAUCACCACUCUGCCUGGACUGUUCCACUGA